AUGGACGCCUCCGGCGCUGUUCUCCAACGAGCUCCGGUGAUGACCGGUGACCGGCGGUUGUGCGGGACGAGGAUGAGGCGGGUUCUCGGCGGAUGGUUCACUGAUGCAGGGGCAAUGAAGUAUUAUGUUUCUUGUGGGGCAAAGAAGAAGGCACAGAAGAACAGAGCUAAGUUAGUGAAGAGAUUAGAGAAGGAACUCUCAGCAUUUUACUCCAUGAGCUCUGGAGUUGAGCCUGGUGUUGUUGAGCUUUACUGUUUGUUAAAUUCAUGGUAUAAUUCAGUACCAAAAACAAAAAAUGGAUUGCAAUGCUGUUGGUUUUGGAAUGAUGCUGCAAACCUCUUGUUAACAAAAUUGAAAGAACUGAGAGCUGAAGAGAAGCAAAUGAAGAGGAGAAGAAAAAAAGAGAAGGCGAAAAGCAUGAAGAACUGCGGCGACAAUGAGUCCUCGAGCUCUUCUUCAUCGGAAUCCAGUGACAGUGAAUGUGAACAAGCUAAAGAGGAUGAUUGA